AUGUUUAAUAAACUGAAAGCAAGAUUCACCAAAGUGAAGCCAAAACCAGAGGAGGAAAAGUCCAAGGAUGAAGAGGCCCCUCCUAACCCACCACCCCAACAGCCUCCACCCACAGGGCAGGAUGAAAAUAAAAACAAAAAUGAGCCACAGAAAGGCGAGACUGAUAAUACUGCACAACCAGAACCAAAGCAACAAGGCCCAUCAACCUCGGCUUGCUGCAAUACCUCCUCAGCUCACCCACACUGGAGCGGAAGCCUGAAACACCAUACCUUCCUGGAUCAUUCCAAGAGGAAGCGCUUCCAUGUUGAAUUUAUGAUUGAAGUUCUGGACAGGACCAACAACCAGGUCCAGUACAUAAGACAGAGGGACUUUCGGCAAGAGGAAAUCAUGCUGAGAGGCAAAAGGAAAGGCUCAGGCUGGCUUCACAGUUGGAGCACAGAGUUGGAGCAGACACUUGCUUUGCAGUUCCUGGAACAGGAACGGUGGUUAAGGGAGGAUGAGAAAGCUCAGCAGAAAGAACUGUUUGGGCGAAUGCCAUCUCUAAUGUCCGCAAGACUGCAGGUUCCUGCUGCAUCAGUCCCGUGGCCAGCAUCCCCUGGGCAAUACCCUGUCCAGCAGUCCAGGAACAGCUUGGACAACUCCACGACUGCGUGGCCCAUGCAACCAGGCCCUGUCAGUGGCUGCACAGGCUCAUCUCAAGGCCGUGUUGUAAAUGAGUAUACUGAAGCCCAACUGCAAGAGAUUGUCAAAAAAAUGAGGGCAAGGACAUCAGCCUAUAAAGAAAAACUGACUGACCCACUACAGUCCUCUCCUGAGGGCAGUCCUACAACUUCUCCAUCUAAAAAGAAGCCUCCGCCUCCACCCCCACCAAAAGAAGAGAAAAAAGAUGAAGAAAAAAAAGAGGAAGGUGAUGCCAAGCCAGAGGAUCAUUACUGUGACAUGCUGUGCUGUAAAUUCAAGAAACCACCAUUGAAAGAAUACCUGAAGAAGAUGGAGCUACCAGACAGUAUAGAUGCAUACACAGAUCGCCGCUAUGUAGUGUGGCUCCUGAUUGUUACCAUUGCCUAUAACUGGAACUGCUGGUUCAUUCCACUGCGCUGUGUGUUCCCAGUACAAACACCAAGCAACAUAUUCUAUUGGAUCCUCGUAGACACCAUUUGUGAUAUUUGCUACUUGUGUGAUCUGUUGGUGUUCCAGCCCCGAAUGCAAUUUGUAAAAGGUGGCGAUAUAAUAUCAGACAAAGUAGAAAUGAAGAAACACUACCAGACAUCUCUGAGGUUUCGGCUUGAUGCGGCAUCAGUAAUACCAGCUGAUGUUUUAUACUUCAUCUUUGGGUUUAACCCAGUGUUUAGAGCAAACAAGCUGUUAAAGCAUAUGGCCUUCUUUGAGUUCAAUGACCGGUUGGAAGCUAUCCUGGAUAAAGCAUACAUCUACAGAGUCAUUCGAACAACUGGAUACCUGCUGUUUAUCUUGCACAUUAAUGCAUGCAUUUAUUACUGGGCCUCAGAUUUUGAAGGAAUUGGCAGCACCAGAUGGGUGUAUGAUGGCAAAGGAAAUAUGUAUCUGAGGUGUUACUACUGGGCAGUGCGCACUUUAAUUACCAUUGGUGGUCUUGCAGAACCGCAAACCCUCUUUGAGAUAAUCUUUCAGCUACUGAAUUUUUUCACGGGUGUCUUUGUGUUCUCCAGCUUAAUUGGUCAGAUGCGGGAUGUAAUUGGAGCAGCUACAGCAGGACAGAAUUAUUACCGUGCCAACAUGGAUAACACAGUCUCUUACAUGAACACCUAUACAAUUCCAAAAGUAGUUCAGAAUCGUGUUCGAAGGUGGUACGAAUACACAUGGGACUCUCAAGGAAUGCUGGAUGAAUCAGAAUUACUGGAGCAGAUGCCAACCAAAAUGCAGUUAGCCAUUGCAAUUGAUGUGAACUUUGCCAUUGUCAAUAAAGUUGACCUAUUCAAAGGGUGUGAUACUCAAAUGAUUUACGACAUGCUGCUGAGACUGAAAUCCAUUGUGUAUUUACCUGGUGACUUUGUCUGCAAAAAGGGAGAGAUUGGCAGAGAGAUGUACAUCAUCAAGCAGGGAGAAGUUCAAGUUCUUGGAGGUCCAGAUGGUACAAAAGUCCUGGUUACCCUGAAAGCAGGAGCUGUAUUUGGAGAGAUAAGCCUAUUAGCGGCAAGUGGAGGAAAUCGGCGGACCGCUAACGUGGUGGCACAUGGAUUUGCCAAUCUCUUUAUUCUAGACAAGAAGACUCUCAAUGAAAUCUUGGUGCAUUAUCCAGACUCGGAAAAGCUCCUGAUGAAGAAGGCUAAAGUGCUGCUCAAGGAGAAGGGUAAGCCCGCUGAAGGGCCACAAGUGCAAACAAAAGGCUUGUCCAGUCUCUUUGCAACAAAACCAGAAACUCCCAAACUAUUCAAAGCAAUGUUUGGAGGGCCAGGAAAAGGAGGCCUAGCUAUGCUGCUCAAGAUGAAGAGACAGCAAACUGUUCAGGAAAAAACUGAAGAAAAGAAACCUGAGCCAGAGGAAAAGAAACCUGAGCCAGCAACAGAACCCACAGCCCCACCUAAACCAUCUGUGCAAAUGGAAGAGCCAGGUGAAAAUUUUCAACCUCCACCUAAACCGGUUCUGCUCAGAGGAAUCACUAAUAAGUCCCUUAUCAUCAGCAUGGCUCCUUCCCCCAUAGCAGGAGAAGGAGAGGUUCUCACUGUUGAGGUCAAAGAAAAGAGACAGGAGUAG